AUGAACAGGAGAUUCACUCUUGAAAGCGCCACACAGUGUUACCGCACCACACAGCGCCACACAGUGUUACCGCACCACACAGCGCCACACAGUGUUACCGCACCACACAGCGCCACACAGUGUUACCGCACCACACAGCGCCACACAGUGUUACCGCACCACACAGCGCCACACAGUGUUACCGCACCACACAGCGCCACACAGUGUUACCGCACCACACAGCGCCACACAGUGUUACCGCACCACACAGCGCCACACAGUGUUACCGCACCACACAGCGCCACACAGUGUUACCGCACCACACAGCGCCACUCAGUGUUACCGCACCACACAGCGCCACACAGUGUUACCGCACCACACAGCGCCACACAGUGUUACCGCGACACUAAGCACCACACAGCGUUACCAACCGCACAGCGCCACAGCAUUACCACGACACACAGCGCUACACAUUGA